UUAACUAAUAAGUGAUGUGAAAAUACAUAUAAUCAUUCACUGAUGUUGGUUAAUGCAGUGAAGUAUGUAGUGAAGCUGCCCGAUGGUGUUAUAAUUUAUGAAUCACCAAAAGAAGGUGUUGAUUUUUACUUGAAAGAUGGUCAUUAAUGUUUGGCACUUCCAAAAACAAUUAAGACAAUGACAAGAGAAGAGAAAGCCGAUUUAAUUGUUCAACCACAGUGCAGUCGAUUAUGUUAGUGAAGGAGGGCAGUUUGGGGAUUAUGAUGAAAAGGUUGUGAAAUCAUUAAGAGUUUCAUGCUGGUUGAAUGCUGCUGCUUGUAGCCUCAAAUUAGAUGAUCACAAAAAUGCAAUCUUCUUAUGUUCAAAGGUUGUUUCCAAUAGAUGUUGGAUGUUGAGUUUUACAAUGUGAAAGCUUUAUACAGAAGGGCACAAGCUUACAUGGAAACUUAUGAUUAUGAAUUGACUGAAUUAGACAUCAAGAAGGCCUUGGAAACCGAUCCACAAAACAGGGAGGUAAAGUCUAUUCACAAGACUUUAAAGCAACUUGAAGCUGAGAGUAACAAAAGAGAUGCUAAACUUUAUACAAAUAUGUUUGCCCAAAUGGCUAACGAUUGUUCUAUACAAACUAAGAGAUUGAAGAUUGAGAAAGUGGAGAAGAAUGAGAAGGAUGGUGUUAUGGGAAUGGAAUUGGAAAAAGAAGACCAGCUGAAGAUUUGAUAUAUUCAGUUGCUAAAUUUAUUGAAGUGUCAUUCUAAUCAGGCAAAGGGGUUGAUAUUGAAGGGUGUAAGCUCUUGAGUUGGGAAUGGUGGCCCUGGUUUGAUUAUAUGCUUCACAUAACGGGCAACAACCUUGACUACAAAAUUGGUUUCAUAGACAAAACGCAACCACAUUAUAAUCAAAAAGUCAAAAUCGUCAUUUGGAGUUGUACUUUGGUAAAGAGGUGUUGUUACAAAAACUUUAUAAAUAAUUGUUGUUGCCGCACUUGCUAUUUGCUUUGCAACAGAAAGGGGUCAUUAUAUUAUAGCAUAGUGCAACAUAUUUGUGUGUUUGUAAAUGGGCGGAACGUACACAAUAGCAACAUAAUUUACUGUAUUUACCAAUUAGAACAAUGUAAUAUACUUCCACACAAAA